CUGUGAAUUUGCAUAGUAUAAAAUCAGGACACAAUUUGGUUCUCUGUGUUCCUUGCAUUUUUUUAUUUGGGCACAAUGUAAAUAAUGUCCUUGAGAAGUAAAGUAGAAAUUAUGCACAGGAAAGAAACAUUGUGUUGACAGAACAUACAUCCCAAUGGGAGAUUUAUGGCUUUACAUUUGUGCUGUUAUACAUUUGCUUUAGAAUAUAAAUUGAUUGUAUAAAAAUAUCUAUAUUUUCACAUUUUGACAAUGCAAAGAAGUCAGAUUUUUAAAUGUUACCUUGGUGCUUUGCCUGUAGAUGCUUCCUAAAAAAAAAAAAAGUCAAUGCAUUAUUUAAAACUUAUGUCUGAAAUUGUAACACUAAUGCUAUCAGAUUUAAGGCCUUUGGAGAAGAGUCCAACAUAGUUUACACACCACUGCACGUAUUAAUAGACCUGACUCCCUUUUCUUUCAAUGUCAACUGUAACAUUAAUCCUUGUUUUAAAUCAUAGUGUCUCAAAUAUCAGCUGCCACUAGUUCAGAGUUCUCUUUCAGUUUAUAUCAGAGAGCCCAAUGGAGUCUUUUGAAGAACCCAGUCAGAUUAGGAGGGAUAACUUAUUAGAAGUUUCUGCUUUAAAUGAUUCCCUUUCAGAAGAUGAAGAUAUUAAAGAUACCCUUAAGCCUCGUUUCUCCCCCCUUCCCCGAAGGCGGAAUUCUGCUUCUUCAGAAGACUUGGAACCAGAAACCCCAUCUACCAUUGCAAGAAAAGUUUCGUUUGCUGAUGCAUUCGGCUUUGAUCUUGUGUCUGUUAAAGAGUUUGAUACUUGGGAAGUUCCAGCCACAUCACAAAACGAUGACUUAGAAGUUAAAGUUUUAACUGUGGAGGAAUAUUUUCUCUCUCCACUGUUUAUAUUACCUGCCUCACAAGAAGACCUUUUGCAACAAGUGCGUGUACAGAAAGUACUGCUAGAGUCAAUUGAGUUCCUACCUGGGAUAACAUGUAUGAAGGGCAUUAUUCGAGUUCUAAAUGUAUCUUUUGAAAAGUUGAUAUAUGUGAGAAUGUCACUAGAUGACUGGCUAACUUACUAUGACAUCUUAGCAGACUAUGUGCCUAAUUCUUGUGACGGUGAAACUGACCAGUUCUUCUUUAAGAUUUCACUGGUUCCUCCUUAUCAGAGAAAUGGAGCUAAAGUUGAGUUCUGUAUACGUUACGAGACAUCUGUUGGUACAUUCUGGGCAAACAACGAUGACAAAAAUUACAUACUACUCUGUCAUAAGAAAGAAACUGUGCAGGAGGUGGAUGAUGUAUCUCAUGAAGAGGCUACUGACAAAUACAUCAAAGGUUGCUUAAAGACAACGCCAAGCAGCAAAGAAGAAAUAUUGGCAAUAUCUGAUGAAGACAUAUGGAAUGAUUCAAGGACUUCAGAGGCAAACAUCCCCGAAAUUGUUUAUUCACAUGAGAAGGACAAAGACAUUGAAUCGCAACAUGAAAAUGUAAAAGAUAUAAAUGUUGAAUGCAAUGAAGAUAAUAAGGAAGAUAAUGAAAAAGAAUUAGAGUUUCUGCUAAGUCAGCAGUUCACAAGAACUAGAGGUACUUCUUCCAGAGAUGAAAGGAAUUUAUACACAACAGAGCCAGUUAAUUUUCCAAAUGAAGCCCAAGGACUGGAGAAUAAGCUAACACUUAUGGAAACAGGCACUGACUUGCUCAGGGAGCCUGUAUCUAUCAGUUCCCUUUCAGAAAAUACUUUACAAGAGCUAGGAGAAGAAUUACAUGAUAACAAAAAGUAUUCCAUAAGAUAUGAUUAUAGUCAGCCAUUAGCAAAGGAACUUACUGCAGGCUCUGUAAACAAUACUGAACAGCCUUUGGAAUGCAUUGAUACCAGUGAAAUGCUUUUAUCACAGGAAUAUUUGCCUGGAACAAUGCAAAAUGUGACUAUCCAUAUUAAAGAUACUGUCUUAAGCAGACAAGGAAUGAGCCAUGUAGAUAUUUCAAAAGGUGAAACAGAUAGUGCCUCAGGAAGUGAAAUGAUGGAGAGGUUAUUCAUCAGUGGGGAUGAUGCUGAUAUCUACAAAGAGGCCUGUGAAAUGAGACCAGAAACAAUUUCUUCAGAGCAUGAUGAAUCAAUGCAAUUAAAUACAUGCGUAACUGAAGCACUGGAUGACAAUGCUAAUCCAGCUCCAGAACGACACAUUCUGCAAACAUCUCACCUAAUGCUAGCCUCGGUAUUGCCAGACAGUGACAAACAUGAAGAAAAAGGUGAGAUGAUUUUAAGCAAAGAUCAGGUACAUUUAAGAGGAGAUAUAUGUGCUGAUGCUUUUGCACAUUCUGAUAUCUCAAUAGAUUCCUCGAAAAGCCCGUAUGCAGAAAAAGAAGUUGUGGCAGAAGUAUCAAAAAAAGAAUAUAACUCUGAUAUAGGAAAAGAGGAGGAAGAAAUCAAGUUAGAUGAGUUAGGACUAAUUGAAGAGCAGGAGAGUGUUGACACCAUAGCUCCAAAACUUUUCAGUGUUCAUGGAAAAUAUAUUACUGAAACAAAAACCACAACAUUGCCAUCAGCUUCGGAUAAUAAACAUGAAGCCAAGCCUUCACAAGCAGAAGACUGGAUGAUUUCCCAUGUAGCUGAUGAAAGAAGAACUGAAGACAGUCAUGAAUUCAAAGAGUUUACUUGGCUAAAAGAUAGGGGAAGCUCUGACAACAGAAGUCAAGGAAAAGAAAUCACAAGCUCUGUUGAAGGCAAACCAGGGAAAGAGGAAUACAGUGAAUUAAGUGAUGACUUGAGGAAAACAGACAGUAGAUACCCUGAUACCACUCAGAGUAAAAUGACUACUUUCCCCACUGGUUACCCAGACUUUGCAGUGACAACUGGCAAAGCAAGAGCUACAAGUAUUGUGCCAUUGAACCCAGAGGAUACGUUUGAUACUAAGGAGAAUGAUCAUAAGCUUUUUGAGGAUCGAAUGUACAGCCAAGAUAAUUUCCCAACAAACAAAAAUAUUUUGGAGACAGAUCCUUGUCAACUUCAAAUUGAGAAAUCAGACCACAUGGUUACAGAUGAUCAAAGCAGGGUAGGGUGUGAAAAUCCAAAGUGGAGUGUUUUAGGAAGUCAACUAGUAGAAAGAGAGAGUGAGAUAAAUAGAACAGAAGAGAUUAAAGAGCAAACAGAUGGUGAAGUCACGUUGGGAAUGAGGGAUAAGACAAGGUAUUUGACUGUUACUCCCAUAGAAGAAUUGUUUACCUGCCAAGAGACAGUGAGGUGUGAAAAGUCUUCUGUAGCUGAACAUGGUAAUAUAGAGGAAGCAGAAGCAAGUACAGCUUAUAUAAUUAAAACAACAUCAGAAAGUGCUUCAGAAAAAACGUCUGCUAGUGAAAAAGCAGUAAUUGCUAAGCUACCUCAAGAGACUGCAGUAAGUGACAGGCCCAUAGAGGAAAAGGAAACAGCGUUUGAUACACAUGAAGGGAGAAAUGAUGGUUCACAUUAUACUCUUUGUCAACGCAAUACAGUGGGUGUAUUAUAUGACACCGACUUUGAAAAGGAAUCAGUUUUAGAUAUUUAUAAUGCACAUGUACGUGAAACACUGCAAGGAGAAAUGAUGUCUGUAUGCAAUACCAAGGAAAAAGUUUCCAAAGCAGAACAUGACACUGGAAAUAAUCCACCUGUAGAGGAAACAUUACAGGCUUCUGCUAUAGAAGGAAAAGCAGGUUUGGAGCAGGAUUUAUAUUCAGAAGAAUCACUGAAAGCUCCCCCGAAUCCUGAGCAGUGUCUGUACAGUGAUGAAGCUGAAGAACUUCAUAAAGAAGAAAGCAUUUUUGGAACACUUUCCCAUUCAGGUGCCAAAGGUGAAACAAAACCAUCACCCUCUGAUACAAAUAUUGUGCCCAGUUGUCAUUAUGAAAGCUCUUCAGCGACAACUUCUGAAGAGUCUAUUGAGGUGGUUACUGCUGAGGUAGAAAAUAUGGAGCAUCCAUGUACAGCCCCUGCAUUCAAAUCCAUUGCCAAUAUUUCUGCUGAGUCAGGGUAUUAUUUCAACCUACCAAGUGAAAUGACAUGUAUUAAUAAAAACACCGCUGCUGAGGUUGAACACAAAGAAGUUCUUGAGAUUUCGGACAUGUUGACUUCAAGUGAUAGAAGAGAAAGGAAUAUAGGCCAAUGCUUCCAUCAAACAGAGUUCAGACAAGAGGAGUCAUUAGGGCCAAUGAUUUUAAUUAGUGAGCCUACUGAAGAAAUAGAAGAGACAAGCUCUGAAUCUGAAAGUUUAAUAACUGAGGGAAAAAUAUUAAACUGGCCUGAUGACUCAGAGUAUGAAAACCAGCUCAUUUCUGAUUCUUCAGACAUUUCUGACCAGAAAAGCGAAGCACAUAAUUUACGUAGUGAGUCUCUAGUUUUAAAGCAUAUCAGUUACAGAAUCUUUUAUUUCCUCUUGUUUAUUGUAUUUGUUGUAACAAUCUACCACUAUGAUUUAAUUGUUUGCUUUGCACUCUAUCUAUUUUCCUUGUAUUGGCUAUACUGGGAGGGAGGGAGAAGCAAGGAGUCUGUGAAAAAGGAGUAACAUUAAGUUUAAUUGUCUACAUACUGUACUUAAGGUUUGAGGCUGAUUACUUCCCCCCACCCUAAAGCAUUUUAAUUGUUAAAAGGAAAUAUUCAUUGUUAGAACCAGAGCGAGUUUUCUCUUGAAGCAUCUUUCAAAAAGGAAUACAUAUGAAGUUUGCUUCUUCAUAUAAGUAAUUUUUCUAUAUAGGACCAUUAUGUUUGGAUCAUUAAAUACCUAUAUGAACAUGAGAUCUGAAGCACAUCAAGUUAAAAUUAAGUACAGAUGUUGCUCCUUAGCAUGCUGGGAGGUUGAAUGCUUCAUAUCUCUGCAGUACUUAAAAACACCAUUUCUUGCAUUAAUUUCUCUUGCAGUAAAGCUUCAUGGUUUUUUCUGAGUUUUUCUAACAUUUUAUACAGUAGAAAGAAAAGGAGUACUUGUGGCACCUUAGAGACUAACAAAUUUAUUAGAGCAUAAGCUUUCGUGAGCUACAGCUCACUUCAUCGGAUGCAUCCGAUGAAGUGAGCUGUAGCUCACGAAAGCUUAUGCUCUAAUAAAUUUGUUAGUCUCUAAGGUGCCAUAAGUACUCCUUUUCUUUUUGCGAAUACAGACUAACACGGCUGCUACUCUGAAACCUGUUAUACAGUAGAUAACAGGGGAAUGGCAUUAUGGCUAAAUCAGUACUUUAAUAUUGAUCUUGCAAAUGGUGAUCUACUACUGUAAUUAACCAAAACAUUUUGGGAGGUGAAAUUGGUUGGUAGAUUGAAUAGUUCUUUCAGUUUUUUAUUUCAUUGUUUUGAGUUAGUGCAAUAAUAAUAUUCAGAUCUGAAAAUAUCAAGCUUAGACUCCAGUAACAUUAUGUAACUUUGAAUACGUAAUACUUCAGCAGACUAUAUUAACUACUUUCAUACUAUCGAGCUGAAGGAUAUAGCAAUGAGCCUGUUACAAUUCACUUGCACAAACAUUUAUAGAUGGGUUGUCUUCAGAUCAUAUUUAUAUAUUUUUUGUAAAUGAAGACUGUGUAACACAGCUGAAGAAUUUAAUUGAAUUCAAAAUUAUUCCAGAUAGACCUUUUGAAUGAUGUUUUUCACCAGUGUUGUUUAAGAAAGGCAUUCGUAUCUUCAAAGCAUCAAAUAAAAAAAAAAGAGUGAAUGAUUUGAUUGUGUGCGGCGUGUUCAGAAUUGGGUUUGUGGCCUUUUUUUAUAAGCUAACUAGGUCUCAUUAAAGUACAGUAAAAUAAAUGAUGAAGGAAAACAUGGGACAUGAGCUUUGCCUCCAAAAAGGCUCCAUUGUGCUGCUGUGGUGGUACACAAUAGCCCCUAACAAGGUAGUUGGGGGACUCCGAACAUAGGGGGCAUGCUGGGAGGUUCACUGCUUCUAAGACACUCUUUUCCCAUGUACAGACAUGCCAGGAGCAUGUCAGAAAAGGAAAGGGAGUAGCCAGAGCAUGCAGGACUCCAGCAAUUUCUAGCUGCAGAAAAUCCUGAGGGGAGUCAUUGCAACCAAGCAUACCGUGGAGUAGCCCUGAGGCUGCAUAAUGUUACUGGGACCCCAGAGAUUGAAGAAGGGCAAAAGUGGCUUUGAGCCACAUAGGUUCCUCUCCUCGCAGCUCUGCAUAGCUGAAGACCUGUGCCAUUGUGGAGGCUGCAAAAGGCUUAGGUGCAAAAUGUGGCUGAAGCUAGAUAAUGGUCAGGUUAAUCACUUGUUUCAAUCAUUAGUUAAGCACUGAAACAAAUUUUUGAAAGCUCACUUACUUGUAGCAGAAUGUUAGGAGACUUUGCUACAGGAGUGACCUUGACUUUCCUGUUCUCCAGGAAGGUGAACC